AAGGGCACGCAAGGAGAGAAGCGUUCGAGGAGGCUCGACACUGGAGCAAGUCCUGGUGCACCGCAAAGAGUAGCUACAUGCCAGCUGGCCUACGCGUAGUGGAGGGCUAUUGGAGACACUGCCUGGAAACACUGGCUUAAAACAAAACCUACCUGGGUGGAACGCGACACCUGUUCCUGUGAUGGUUUGUGUUUCAACUGCCAGUGCCACCAUCUAAACAAUACUGCAGCCAUGCCACUGAAGGAGAAGAACAUGGGUGUCAUCACCAUCCACAAAAGAAUAACUCCUGCGUGCCUCAUUCGACCAAAGUCUCCAGUGAGUAUCAAGAGAGAGCCCCAAGCCACAGCAUCAGAUGGGAGGCCAGUGCCUUACCUUAAAGGAAAGCCCCAGGACAAAGCCAGGGAGGGAAGCCGGGGAGCUGACUGGACUUCCUGGAUCUCCCACGACUCACUCAGGAUGCGCCAGAAACAACUUGAGGCAGAGCAACAGGACCUGAAAGCUAUCACUCUGCCCAUACUGGACACAGAAAACAAAUUUGUGAAGGAGGUUGAGCAGGAGCUGCAGCGUCGUGAGACACAGGACCAGCGGCGUCGGGAGCUACUGCACAAGCGCUGGUCGGAGGCGGUGUGGACGCCCGUCCAGCGGGGCAUGGAGCAGUACAUGGCCCAGGUGGCAGGCCAGGAGACCCAGAGGCUCAGGAGCAUGCUGCGGCUCUAUAUCCACCACUGCAACGCCAAGGGGUUUGUGUUCCUGGACACCUAUGAUCCCCUAGAGUACAACCCGUUCCUGUUAAACGCCAGCUGUCCCUACACCUCCAAGGUCACAUCCCCUGCCUUGAAGGACCCCUUGUUCAUCCAAUCACGUAACAGGAUGAAGGAAAAGAGGGUGGUCCUGCGCUGCCAGACAGGUCAGGUGUACACACGGAAGCAGAUAGACGAGAUGCUGAAGCGGUGUCUCCCCACCCCACGGUGCCGCUCUCAUGACCUCUGUCUGGAGGCUCGGUCCCUGGGCAGGCUAGCAGAGAGAGAGAGCUCCCCCUGGAGGCCAAACAGGGGUGAAAACAUCCUGUACUGGACCACAGAGAGUGAGACAUGCUAUGAGCAAGACUGCCUGUCCACCACAAGACCCUGACCAAUUAAAACAUGCCCUCUGGAUUACAUGACCUCAUUCAUUCCCUCACUGGUGCUGAGGCAUGGAUCACAUGACCUGAACAGGGAUCCACUACCUGGUCCAGCACCACAGAAGACACUAGGCAGCAUGGGAUCAGUUAUAGUGUAUAUUAUCCACAGACUCAGGGACUGAAUCGUAUGUGAAUGUCUACCUGUGUUAUGUCUUUGGAGUGAGUGAUGAAAUCGUAUUAUUGGGUGAAGGUAAAGGGUAGGGCAAAGCUCAGUAUUAAAUGAGCUGCCAUCACUGCUGUUUAUUUU